AUGGCUGUUAUAAGGAUUAAGAAGCCCAGGGAGCCAAAAGGAGAAGAUCAGCCGUUGGAAAGCGAACCCAAGUUAAAGAGGAUUCGCAUAAAAGCUAAGGUGAAUGAUGACGAUGUCAAAUCAAAGCCUAAACUGAAAAUAAGUUUGAAUAAAAAGAAAGAUAAUAGUGACAAUAAAGAGAAAAAGAAUUCUUUGAAGCUAAAACUAAACUUGAAGAAAAAUGAAGAAUCACUCAAGAAGAUACAUAGAACCCCCAAACUACGUCUUAAACCUAUUAGAAUCCCUGGGGAAGCGUACGACUCAGAAGCUUCUGAUAUUGAGGACGAUCCUUUAAUCGAGACUGGUGUAAUAUUGAGAAUACUUCCGGACAUACAGUUAGAGUUUGUAAAGAAUUCUUUAGAAUCUGGUGAUUACUCCGGGAUAAGCAUUAAAUGGAAAAAUGAAAGACAUGCUGUUGUGACGAUAAACGACGUAAUGUAUGGCGCCAUUUUGGUAGAUUUACCCACCGUGAUAGAAGUGAAUAAGAGCGUUGAUAGAAAAAAUCUUCUGAAAACAUUUGAUGUGUCACAAAUGCUACUGUGCAUAAGAUCUAUACAACAAGAAGAAGAAGUAUAUGAUUUAGAAGCACCAGAUACGGAAGAUCUGGUUGUUAAACAUUUUGAAGAUAUAGAGGAUGAAAUCUGGGAAAACAAAGAAACUUUUUUGAAAGGUUACAAUGGUGCGCCGUUAAGUGAUGCGGAGGCCAAGCACAUGAAAGAAAUAGCUUUGAAGGGUUAUGAUUACAAACACGGAAUAUCGCCACCUUUAUACAAUGUUCGAAAUAGACGAUUCAGGCGGAAAAUGGACCCCAAUGAAAUAGAUUAUGUAGAGAAAGUGGUUGAUAUGCUAUUGAAGCAGGAUAAGCAGGCCGAAGAAGUCAGUUAUGAUCUGGUAGAUAGAAGUGAACUACAGACAAAGCAAGAGCGCGUCUCUAGUUGGGAAAAUUUCAAAGAGGAGCCUGGGGAGCUUUCACUUGGUUAUGUAUCAAAGAAAGAGGAGACACAUACCAUUAUUUCAGCGGCAGCAAAACAGAAAGAAGAAGAUGCAGAAGAAGAAGAAGAACUUGACCUAGGAGCUGCGUUUGAAAGUGAAGAAGAAAGAGAACGGAGUAAUGCUGAUGGAGACAAGGAUCAACUUCAGGAGGAAGUCGGUGAUGAGGUGGAUCAAGAUACAGAAGGAGAGGAUGAAGAAGAAGAUGACGAAGGUGACAAUGAAGCUGCAGGCGGAGAAAGUGAAUCUGAGGAUGAAAAAGAUGAAAACAGACAGCACACGGAACUGCUUGCUGACGAGUUGAACGAAUUAGAGACUACACUGACUCAUACCAAGUAUAAAUUAAGCAAGGCAACCAAUCCGCUUUUGAAAAGCAGGUUCGUCGAUAGCAUUAAGAAGCUUGAGAAGGAGGCUGAGUUGAAACGAAAGCAAUUACAACAAACUGAAGAUUCUGUCCAAAAGCAACAUAAACACCGCUCUGACACAGAAACAGCGAACAAUGAAGAUGAAGAGGAGGAAGAGGAGGAUGAAGAAGAAGAAGAGGAAGAAGAAGAGGAGGAAGAGGAAGAAGAGGAGGAACAAGAGGAAGAGGAGGAAGAAGUAGAAGAAGUAGAAGAAAUCGAAGAAAAUGGAGAGAAUGAGGAUGAAGGAGAACACACACAAGAGAACAAAGUCGUGCGCGAAGCCGAUGAUGCUCCGGCAGAGGAAGCACUUGACCAGAACGAUCUUGACAUGAUGAUGCUAUUUGGUGCAGAAGGUGACGAGUGA